AUGGUGCUGUACAAGAGAAAGGAGUUUACGCGCCUGGCUCCGCCCGCCAACAUCACCGAUAGCACAGAUGUCUUUGUCAUGCGAGGGACCAAUGAAGUGUUCACGGAAUAUGAGAAGUACCUGCGAAGGCACAGGAAGUUCACCGACGCGGUCAACGGCAAGUCUGGUCUGAACUACUGGGACGCACUGGAGUCAGAGACCAAGAGCAAAGCAGAUAUCGAAGAUGUCUUCCCGCUGCCACUCAAAGAACCCAUUCUACGCAAAGUUCAGUUCUCGACAAUCUCCCGCAUUGACGACCUUGUGAGCUACAUCUUCGACGAGUUCAAGAAAGACUACUUUCCGGGUGAGGCUGUUAUAGCUCUCCUGCCUCCGGAUGGCGAACAGAUUCCCGGCAUGAUCCGUGAGAAGGCCAAGUUUCCCAUGAUAAGAGGUCCUGAUGGUACCGUCCAGCGGCCUGCCUUCUCGCGGUACUUUGUUCGCUUGGGUGAUGUGUCAGACAAGGAAGCACUUCUCGAUGAAACGCAUGUCCGUCGCGACCGCAAGGUCUUCACCAAGCAGAACCUUCGCGCUUUCUUGAAGAACUCGUUGCAGCGCGAGGCUUGGAUAGGCGCACCAUGGCUUGUCAAGGAGCACCUGGCUAUCAGGCACAGACUACCUAUGGAGAUUCCUGGCCAUUUGCUGCAAGACGCCAAACUGCUUUUGAACAAGCAUCAACUGCUCCAGAUGAGACCGCCUAAAGGACGGCGCUCGGCCAAAUCGGAGGAGAUUGCUAGGCAACAGCAAGAGCUGGCACGCAUUCAGCAGCAGCACCCUGGCGCGACACAGCAACAGCUUCAGCAGUAUCAGCAUCAAGCUUUGGCUUCGCGCGUGGAUCCCAAGCCUCCAAUGCCCCCACCCAUACGUUAUCCAAUUGAGGAUCUCGACCUACCGCCCAAGCACAAUGGCUCCUCUCGACCGCAGCUGAAAUUCUUCACAGAAGAGCAACACGAGUAUGUGAUGUCUGGUCGCCGCAUAUCAUUUGAAGACAUUUCCAUGGAUGCGAUGGGCUUGUUGCUCGAAGUGUGGAACACACUAAAUGUACAGUGCGAGGUAUACGUCAUCGACAGCUUCACUUUUGACGAUUUCGUGGACGCUAUGAGAUACACCGAGAUCGACCCGCCUUGUCAACUGCUCGAGGAGGUUCAUUGCGCUGUGUUAACCCAGCUUGUCGACAAGAGUGGCAAGUUGCUCGUUGCCAAAGGCAUGCUGGACAUGGUAGCCGAUGUUGAAGAGCCGGCUUCCGAUGGCCUCAUUGAGAGCGAAGUAUCAACACCGCAGCCUGACGUCCCUGCGAGAUCGACACGCAGCAGACUUAGCCACGUCGAUCCAGCGUUUGACAACCCACGCACACCGACAGGCGAAAAGCAGCACCGCGCCGCCGAGAUGCUUGGAGAGCGCAGUUGGAAAGCCCGGCUUGCUUCGCGCGACUUCCUCAAUGGCGGCUGGCAGGUGGUCUUGGUUGGGCUACUUCACCAACUCUCCCUGAACGCAGCCUUCAAGCAGCGCUGUGACACUAUCCUCGCGGAGCUUGCACCCAUGGACCUUCCGCCCAGCCAAGAGACUGCAUUGCAUCAAUACGCCAAGCUGAGCGUUGAUCUACGUAUCUCGGCCUUGCAAAUGAUUACAAUUUUGUCCAUCACGACCGCUGCUAUCAAGGAGUUCCUCGAGGCAUGCAGUGAAGACAUGACUGACGUCCGCAAACGGAAGAUCGAACAUCAGCGAGAGAAGAAAGCGUGCACCGAAGAGUUCCAGAUCAAAGAUCGCGAGUACAAGAUCAUGCUGCCUCAAAACAUGGCAGAGUCGCCGAAACUUGACAGUGUGGAGCCAGCAUCCGUGGACGGCGAAGGCGACGACACGCUCGAGACAAAUGGCGCGGGCAGUUCGGAUCCCGACGAAGAAGUGCCUCCCAAUGGACGGUCACUGAGACGUGCUAGUGACCGUAAGCGCAAACGUGACGAAGAAACUGCUCGCCGAGAGAAGGAAAGGGCAGACAAGGCCGAGGCUGCGAAGAACAAGCAAUCAAAGGAGUUCAAGAAGGUCUGUCGGGAACGCGAGGAGCUGCGUGCGCGUAUCGAAGAGGCAGAGGCCAAGAUCGAAGAAUGCGACUCCGACUUGCGUGAGGCUAACGUCCAGCGCACGAAGAUGCUGGGUAAAGAUCGCUUUUGCAAUCGAUAUUACUGGUUCGAGCGGAAUGGUAUGCCAUUUGCUGGUCUUCCGCGCUCCAGCACAGCUGACUAUGGUUACGCGAAUGGACGCCUAUGGGUCCAGGGUCCAGAGGAAAUGGAGGCUGAUGGCUUCAUCAAUCUUGCGCCAGAGGAGCAGAAGGCGUACCGUGCGCGCUUCGGCAUCAGUACUCUCGAACGUCGCAAGCAGGAGGAAGGCGCCACUAGCCUGCGUGACGCUCACGAGUGGGCUUACAUUGACGACCCAGACCGCCUCGACAACCUUAUCGGCUGGCUUGACGAUCGCGGCGAGCGCGAGAAGAAGCUUCGUAGAGAGCUCUCCGACUGGCACGAAACCAUCGCACGCUACAUGGAGGCACUCAAAAGCUUCCGUGAGGCCGAGGCGACGAAGAAGGUGGAAGCCGAGGAGGAGCAGGCGACCCGCGUGAGUACCCGUCACCGCGCGCAUGAGGGUGAGACGGCGGCACAGGACCGCUGCUUGAAGUGGACCAACUCUAUGGCGCUGGAGGAAAUGGGCCAUCUGCACUCAAGGCCUGAGAAGAAGCCAUCGAUCAAAGUCCGAGCAAGACAGGCUAAGGGCGUAGCGGCAGUUGUUAGCCGAUCGACCGGUAAGCCAGUCACUCGCCAGGGUACGAAGUACGACUUCAAAUGA